GAGGAUGGAGUACGGUUAUGAUGCCGAUCUAGAGGAGCUGUGUCCGGUCUGUGGAGAUAAAGUGUCCGGAUAUCACUACGGCCUGCUCACCUGCGAGAGCUGCAAGGGCUUCUUUAAGCGGACGGUCCAGAACAAUAAGCGCUACACGUGCGCGGAGAGUCAGGACUGUAAGAUCGAUAAGACUCAGCGGAAGCGCUGUCCGUUCUGCCGCUUCCAGAAGUGCCUGACCGUCGGCAUGAGGCUGGAAGCGGUUCGCGCAGACCGGAUGCGAGGUGGCAGGAACAAGUUUGGACCUAUGUACAAGCGAGACCGUGCCCUGAAGCAACAGAAGAAAGCUCUAAUACGGGCGAGUGGGCUUAAGAUGGAGACCACACCCCCCCUCCAGUCACCCAUCCAGACAGACUACAGCUUUGGCAGCAUGCUGCCGAGCCUCCCGCCCGUCUCCACCCCUAAACACGCCCUCUCAACCAUGCCCUCCUCCACCGCCGCAGCUGCAGACUACAGUCUGUACACGACCGGCUGCAUGCCUGUACCUGCUCACGGCCCUCUGUCGCCGCAGUACCCUUACGCAUCCUUCCCCAGUCGCGCCAUCAAAUCCGAGCUCCCAGAUCACUAUGCCAAUGCCAGCUCGCCCGACUCCGCCCUGGGAUUCACAUACAGUGAGCACACACAGGCCGGUAGCCCAUCAGCACCCCCUGCAGGCCUGCCGGUGCCGACACUAGUGCUGGAGUUUGUGCGCUGUGAACAGGAUGAGCUGCAGGUGCGCAGCAAGAUCAGCGCUCACCUGGCGCACCUGCAGCAGGAGCAGAACUCCCGCAGCGGCAAAGCCGAACCGCUCUCCACCUUCGGCCUGAUGUGCCACGUCGCAGACCAGACACUGUUCUCUAUCGUGGAGUGGGCGCGCAGCUGCACCUUCUUCAAAGAGCUCAAGGUGGGCGAUCAGAUGAAGCUUCUUCAUAACUGCUGGAGUGAGUUGCUGGUACUUGAUUACAUCUCUAGACAGGUGCAUCAUGGGAAACAGGACAGCAUAUUGCUCAUCACUGGACAAGAGGUAGAGCUGGGAUCUCUGCUGGCUCAGGCUGGUGUUACUCUGGCUGAACUGGUGCAAGGAGGUCAAGAACUGGUGCAGCGUCUUCAGGAGCUUCAGCUGGACCGCAGAGAAAUCGCCUGCUUCAAAUACCUCAUUCUGUUCAACCCCGAUGUGAAGCUGCUGGAGAACCAGGUGUAUGUGGAGAGCGUGUACGAGCAGGUAAGCGGGGCGCUGCUGGAGUACACGUUGUGCGUUUACCCUCAGCACGUGGAGCGUUUCAGUCAGCUGCUGCUGCGCCUGCCAGAGCUGAGAGCCCUGAGCGUGCAGGCCGAGGAUUACCUGUGCUACAAACACCUGAGCGGAGAGGUACCCUGCAACAACCUGCUCAUAGAGAUGCUGCACGCCAAGAGAGCCUGCGUCUGA